AUUGAUUCUGCAUGAAAUUUUAGGAUUUCUUGUAUUGUUGUUGAUUGAAUUUAUUUUGUUGCUCAAACAGUGUAGACAGUUAUAUUAAUAAAUUGAGGUUCUUUUUUUUUUGGGUGGUUUCAAAAUUAAAACUUAGAAUUGUGCUUGGCUGUGAUUGCAUCUUUAUCGAAACAGACUAGUCCCUCACGACACGGCAAAACAAGGUUUAAAUUCAAGUAAAGAGAGGUGUCUACAUUUAAUAUCUCGCAUAGGAUUGCAUAUGAAGAUACUGAUGAAAAAAAAAUAUUACAUCUGAAUGAUUUGGGGACUUUUUUUAUUUCUUUCUUUUAAAUUUGUUUGAAUUGCCUAUUCGACUAAUUUUUUUCUUCCUUUUUAGUUGUUUUGUAAUCCAAGUGUAUUUUGAAGGUUGGUUGCAUUUGUCAAAUAUUGGUUGUAGCCCAAAAAACAAAUUUGGUGUGUUUGUUGUAAGUUGCAUAGGACUGAAUUUCCAAGGAGGGGGGAGGGGGAUAUGCUGAAGGAUAACCGAAGUAGUGUUUUAGUUUUCCCUCUUUCUUGAUUACGAUAUGGUUUGGCAGUAACUAGGAAUGCGCUUUGUGGUUUCUUUCACUAAAUAGUUGAGUGAAAGUGGGUUCUGAUUCAUAUAGUCACAUAUACAGGUUCAAUAUAUACAGCAGAUCCUAGAGUAAUGUAAUCUAACUCACAAUAACUGUACAUAUCAACUUUCUUACCACCUUAUUAGUAGGCAUAAUAGAAUCUGAAUCAGGUAGGUUAGAUUCUGUCUGUGUAGGUUCACGACAGCACAAGACCUGGAUGCAGACUCAUGACCAUCAUUUUAAGGUUGUCAUGUGCUAGUUGUGAAAGGUUACCCCUAAGGUCUAAAACAAUCCUUGAAGCACACUGAGAAAAGCACAUCAAUGGAGUCUCUAGUUCUUCAACUCCAUGAAAUCUCAGCUGUCAAAUUUGGCAAUUUCAAACUCAAAUCUGGCAUCUCCUCGCCAAUCUAUAUUGACCUCCGGCUCAUUAUAUCUUACCCUUCCGUCCUCCGGAAUAUUUCUCAAACCCUUAUUUCCUCUGUCUCUUCCACUUCAUUUGACCAUGUCUGUGGUGUCCCUUACACUGCUCUUCCCAUUGCCACUUGUGUUUCUGUCACUCAGAAUAUUCCUAUGGUCAUGCGUCGCAAGGAAAUCAAAGGUUAUGGAACUUCUAAAGCCAUUGAAGGUGAUUUCAAGCACGGCCAAAGUUGCUUGAUAAUUGAGGAUUUAGUCACUAGUGGCACAUCAGUUUUGGAAACUGCUGCACCACUGCGUGCUGCAGGGUUGAAGGUCAGUGAUGCUGUUGUUCUGAUCGAUAGAGAGCAAGGUGGGAGGGAGAAUUUGGAGGGUAAUGGAAUCAAGCUGCAUGCAAUUCUUAAAUUGACUGAAAUGGUGAAAAUUUUGAGUGAAAAAGGAAAGCUUGAUAAGCAGCUGCUAGGGGUUGUUAUGAGAUUCUUAGAAGACAAUCAGAAGGUCGCUGCUUUGGCAACUACAGCUAAGGUCCGGGCCUUACCAUUUUUGGAGAGGGCUAAGUUGUCCAAGAAUCCAACAGGAAGGAGGUUGUUUGAGAUAAUGGCUGAGAAGGAGAGUAAUCUGUGUUUGGCUGCAGACGUUGGAACUGCAGCUGAAUUGUUUGAAAUUGCUGACAAGGUUGGGCCAGAGAUAUGCUUGCUGAAAACUCAUGUGGAUAUAUUUCCAGAUUUUACUCCUGAUUUCGGUUCUAAGCUUCGCUCGAUUGCCGAAAAACACAACUUCUUAAUCUUUGAGGAUCGUAAGUUUGCUGACAUUGGUAACACAGUGACCAUGCAGUAUGCAGGAGGGAUCUUUCACAUAUUGGAAUGGGCUGAUAUAGUAAAUGCUCACAUUAUAUCUGGUCCUGGAAUUGUGGAAGGACUGAAGUUGAAGGGUUUGCCUCAUGGAAAGGGUCUGUUUCUGCUUGCUGAAAUGAGUUCAACUGGUAACUUUGCCAAGGGAGAUUACACCGCCGCUGCAAUGAAAAUUGCCGAGGAUCAUUCUGACUUUGUUAUUGGCUUCAUCUCAGUCAAUCCAGCAUCAUGGCCUGGGGCACCCGUAAAUCCCUCUUUCAUUCAUGCAACUCCUGGAGUUCAAAUGGUGACUGGUGGGGAUGCUUUAGGGCAGCAAUAUAACACACCAUAUUCAGUUGUCAAUGAUAGGGGUAGUGAUAUUAUCAUAGUGGGUCGUGGCAUCAUAAAGGCAGCAAAUCCCGCCCAGGCAGCUCGUGAAUACCGUCUUCAAGGAUGGAGUGCGUAUUUAGCUAAAUGCAGCUGAAGCCUGUAUUCUCAGUCUAAUUGGAUAAGACAAGUGCAUACUUAGAAAGUAGCCUAUUUGUUAACCGGAUGUAUUUCAAAAUACCAUAGUAUAUUAAUAACAUCUAAAAAUGAA